CCACCCCACACCAUUAGCAAGCGCGUCUACGGCGUGUUCUCGCCACCAAGUGUGUCAAGUCACCAACAAAGAGUCGCUCGAGCUAUGGCGUUUUCAGUCGAACGAUGGUCCCACGUGCAUGGACCCCGCACCACCGAGUGCUCAUCUACCCCGCCUGACCUCAUACUUCUUGGAUGACGCGCCUGUUAUAUAAACCUCCUAAGCCGCCGACGUUAUAUCCGUUGUUUCUGCGAUUUUUCCAAUUCUCUCCGUCUUUGGUAUCACUUCCCGCCCGGCAGACAGUACGCCUUGCCAUCGGACCAAUUGAGCCGUUCUACCCCCGAGGGACGCCAUGGCCAACUGGUCGGAUCUCCCCGCCGCGCUCAAAGGCAGCUUGGACAAGCUCUCUGAGCUGCUCGAAUCCGACGCCCAGCUAAAGGCCUUCACGACUUCCAAUGCAAUUGACAAGCCUGCGACCUUCGGCAUCAAGUCCAGCGACUCCGACAAUGCUCUCCUGAUCACCGUCGCCAAUGGCUCGGCAAAAGCCAAGACGGGCCCCUCGAAGGAAACCCUCUUUGCCCUCCAGGCCUUACCCGAGCAAUGGGCGGAGUUCUUCAAGGAAGUUCCAGUAGCGCCCUAUCAGAGCUACUGGGGUAUGUUCGGCAUGAACAUCAAGCAGAAAGGCAUCGAGGUACAGGGCGACCAGACCGCCUUCGCCCACUGGACGCAUGUAUGGAGACGCGUUCUGGAGCUCGCGCACGACGCGCAUUGCGGACCCAUGAAGGAGGACACGCAACCUGAGCAGACCAGGGAUUACCUCACCGGUCGCUAUGUGUAUCUGGAUGCUCCUGUGUGGGGCAAGUGCAAGGUCUUCUACGAGUGGUCGGGCGAAGGCAAGCAGCAGAUUGUGUUCCUGCACACUGCCGGAAGCGAUGGGCGUCAGUACCAUGGUGUCAUGAACGAUGCUCGAAUGCGCCAGAAAUGCACCAUGUACUGCUUUGAUCUCCCGGGACACGGUCGAAGUUUCCCGUCGCAGCAGUAUUUCCCGGGCGCCCACACGAAUACUGAAGACAGCUACGUCGGUAUCAUUGGGGCUUUUGUGAAGGCCCUGGGCUUGCGAAGACCGAUCAUCUGUGGAGCGAGCAUGGCAGGCCAAGUUUGCCUGGCUGUUGCUAUCCGGCACAAGGAGGUUGGAUGUGGAGGCACGAUCCCUCUGCAAGGUUCUGAAUAUCUCAACAUGGAACGUCAGUGGUUCGACCGCUCGCCAUACGUCAACCAGUCCCUCUUCAACCCAGAAUGGGUCUACGGCAUGAUGGCACCAACCACGCCGCUGGUCAACAAGCAGCUCAUCUGGCAUCUCUACAGCGGCCAGGCGUACGGAAUCUUCCAUGGCGACCUCGACUUCUACUUCGGCGGGUGGGACGGACGUGAACGUGUUGCUUCCAUCAAUACCCAAAACUGCCCGGUCUUCAUGCUGACCGGCGAGUACGAUUGGUCCAAUACACCCGAGAUGAGCCAGAAGACAGCGGACAAGAUCCCUGGUGCGAAGCACAAGGCGAUGCCAGACCUGGGACACUUCCCGGCGACGGAGAAUCCAGCCAAGUUUGUGCCCCAUCUGCUGGAGGCUAUCGAUCAUAUUCAGAAGGUGCGACAGGAGAGUUUAAGUACGAUGCGUUUGGGCGCAGAGGGGUGAGGGCAUAGCAGGUGGGGAGUCUGGAGGUAUUGUCCAUGGUGCUGGGUGGCUCCUAAGCUGGCUUGCUGGUUCACGGGUUUUCCUUAUGCACUGCAAUUGCUUUCUGCAUUCCAAUAGCCGU